CUUUUUUGAUUGAUAAAGUACGGUGUUAAUCAUGUAAUCGAGUCAGUGCGUAUUCGAACGUUGUAAUGAAGACUUUUAAUCUAGAGCUUUUGUCUCGUCGAACUGGAUUAACAGUAAAACACUUAAAACACAGAGGACGUAACGAGCUCGUUUACUGGCUGGUUCCUUCUAGAUGUGCGUACAGUAAGUGCCGUUCCUUACUGCAGUGGCCUAUUAUCUACUCCGUGCUGUAGUAUUGAAUCGGUUGUUGGAGAUGACUUGUGUCAAAUUGUUUCCAACUUAUGAUUAAUACGAAUGGAGUGCAUGUCCGCCGGCUUCCCACCUGGAAAACCCAGCUUAGGUGUGGUUCUAACAUUGGUCUUCGUACUUCCAGCUUUAUAUCUGCUAUUACAGCAAUCGUGAAAAAUUUCAUAAGCCGUGAUCCAAAAAUCCACGUGCGACGUCAUCCCAGCUCGGAUGCCGAGAUGUCCGGGGCAGACUCCCUUCGCUUCUCGCCUUUACAUUUCCGAACGAUUAGCGCGAGGAACCAGGAUCAACGCGGGGAAGUUCGGACAGCGAUCUUGGCCACGUGGAAUACCGGACUUUACAGUUGGACAAGCAAGCCAAGAAACAAUCAUAAAUUAUUCAGCAACUCGAAUUGGAUUAUAUAAUAAUUACCCCAAAGUCUCAUAUAUCGCGUUUGGAUCUAAAGCCCCGACCUUCCCUGCAACAACACUCCAUCAUAUCCACAUCAUGACUUUGUCGACUUCAAGGAUUCUGCUCAAGAAGGGAGUGCUUCUCAUCCACGACAAGGACGGAAAUGUUAACACUGUGCGGUCGGAUCUGCUGGUGGAGGGUGAUAGGAUUGUCCAAAUCAGCGACGACAUCGAGGUCAGCGGUGACCAUGUCAAGGUAUUCGACUGCGAAGGCAAGGUGAUCUCGCCCGGUUUCAUAAGCACCCACCACCACGUCUGGCAGACCGCUCUCAAGGGUCGUCACGCCAACCACACCCUUCUCGAGUACCUCCCGACUGGCAAUCUUGCUGGCGGGCUUUACUCCGCCGACGACGCCUUCUGGGGAGAGCUGGGUGGUGCACUGGAGGCGAUCGACGGUGGCACCACCACGGUUGUGGACCACUCCAGCCUGAACAUUGGCCCCGAGUACCCGCCGACAAUGAUUCAAGCUCUCGUCGCCUCUGGCCUUCGAGCUGUGUACUGCUAUUGCGUCCCCAGAGUAGUGUCCAGCUGGAGUCCGCUCACAUGGCAGGAUGACUACACCUCCCCAGAUGUUCUCCUACCCUGGAAGUCGCUCGCGUCGAAAGGCCCAUACGGAGAUGGGAGGGUCCAGCUCGGCUUCGUGGUGGACAAUGUGUACCAGUCGCCCGACGAGAUGAAGAAGCUGUACUCGGAGCUUCGUGCCGCCAAGGCCAAGGUCAUCACCUCCCACGGCGGCGGGGGCCUGGCUUACGGCAACGGUCCCAGCGUGGCUCAGCUCCUCGACGGCCAUGGCCUUCUCGGGCCCGACAUCCUAGUCUCCCACGCAACCUCCCCCAGGGAUGGCGACGCGGGGCUGUUCGCGAAGCACGACGCUCACAUCUCCUCGACCCCCAACACGGAGCUCCAGAUGGGCGCGCCUCCCGUCUGCCUUCGCCCCGAGUUCGUAGCGCAGUCGAGCCUGGGCGUGGACUGCCACUCCUGGGGCAGCAGUUUCAUGCCGAGCCAGAUGCGUCUCGGCCUGCAGCACGCCCGCACGGAACGCUACGAGAACCUGGGCAGGCAGGGCAAAUGGAGCCGCCACGUCGGUCCCUCGGCCGAGCAGGUCUUCAACCUCGCGACCACCGGCGGUGCUCGAGCGAUCGGCAUGGCCGGCGAGGUCGGCCAGAUCCGCGUGGGCGCCAAGGCGGAUCUUGUGAUAUUCGACACCAGCAGCCCCUCGAUGCUUCCCGCAGCCGAGGAGGACCCCGUCGCCGCCAUUGUCUUGCAUUCGAGCGAGCGCGACGUGGAGACCGUCAUUGUCGGCGGCGUCAUCAGGAAGGAGGACGGGAAGUUGAGGCCUGUGUCUGUUGCUCAUGAAGUCCCGGGGGCAAUCGAUCUCGGCCUCGUUGGGAAGGAAAUCACAUGGAAAGAUAUUGCCAAGGAGCUACUUGAGAGCCGGAAGAGGCUCAACGAGAAAGGAGAGGGCAUUGACAUGAAGGCUGCCGAGGAGGUUGUCAUCACCAACUUCUACAUGAACCGAAAGGACAUGGUGGAGCAGACCUGACUCGAUCUUUUUUGUUUUAGAGGACAUUGACGAUAGCGAGAAGCAGCCUGAGUGUAUCUUUACCUAGUUCCGCAAACCAGUCCACUCGUGCC